AUGUCGGCUGAGAGUGAUGUUAAUCCUAAAGCUUAUCCAUUAGCUGAUGCUAAACUUACAAAGGAUAUUCUUGAUCUUGUUCAUCAAGCACAAAAUUAUCGUCAAUUACGUAAAGGUGCUAAUGAAGCAACUAAAACACUUAAUCGUGGUAAAGCAGAAUUGAUCAUUAUGGCUGCUGAUACAACACCUAUUGAAAUUUUAAUGCAUUUGCCAUUAUUAUGUGAAGAUAAAAAUGUUCCAUAUGUAUUCGUACGUAGUAAACAAGCAUUAGGUCGUGCUUGUGGUGUAACACGACCAGUUAUUAGUGCAAGCAUAACGGUUAAUGAAGGAUCACAAUUAAAACCACAAAUUCAAACACUUAAACAAAAUAUUGAAAAAUUAUUUACUUAA